UGAUAGUGAGCAGGAAUAGUGAAGAUGGUUUCCCAAGUGUGUGAGAACUACCACAAGGACUGUGAGGAUGCUGUUAACAAGCAGAUCAACCUGGAGCUCUAUUCCUCCUAUGUUUACCUCUCCAUGUUCUUGUACUUUGACCAGGAUGAUGUUGCUCUGCAUCACUUUGCUGAGUUCUUCAAGGAGCAGUCCCAUGAGGAGCGGGAACAUGCUGAGAAACUGAUGGUAUUCCAGAAUAAACGUGGAGGCCGAGUCCUCCUGCAGGACAUCAAGAAGCCAGAGCAGGAUGAGUGGGGCAAUGGUCUGGAGGCAAUGCAGAGAGCUCUGCAGAUGGAGAAGGAUGUGAACCAGAGUCUGCUGGAUCUGCACAAACUCGCCUCUGGCCACACGGACCCUCAUCUGUGUGACUUCCUGGAGAGGCACUACUUGGAUGAGCAAGUGAAGAUGAUCAAGAAGCUGGGAGAUCACAUCACCAACCUGAAGAGACUGGGAGCCCCUGCCAAUGGCAUGGGAGAGUACCUGUUUGACAGGCUCACACUCAGCUGA